AGGUCCGCCAACUUUGAUAUCAACAAACAAUGAUCCACAAAUAGGCGAUGAUGUUACACUAACGUGUCAACCUCCCAUUCAAGUUGUAGGAAUUAAAUUUACUUGGUUCAAAGGUAAUAAUCUAUUAGCUAAUGCCUCUGAACAAGUCUACACUUUGUCAAAUAUUAAAGCUGACGAUGCAGGAGAAUUUAAAUGUUCCUUUGACAUCAAUGAAGUGAGGGGGCUGCAGAGUUCUGGUUUUAUUAUUGUUUUCACUCCUCCAGAGAAACCUUCACUGAGUUUGCCAUCUGAUUCUUCAGUCAACUUUGGAUCUUUCUUCAGCUUUCAGUGCAAUGCUAACGACAAUUUGAGAUUUGGUCUUCUUAAGGUGUUUCUGUAUAAAAAUGAUGUAAAAGUAGCAGAAAGAAACGGGAGUCUUGGAUUUGCCAGCUUCUAUAUACAAAGAACUCUAAUGAGAGAUUCUGGAAACUACACAUGCACUUUUACAAACAAAAGAGGAGAGUCUGUCCAAAGUGAUCCUGCAUCUGUUGAAGUGAAAGAUGCUCAAGUGGGAAACUCUUCUCUGCCACAAGUACCUCAGAUAAUGAAUAGAGGUGAAUAUUCUCAACUGUACUGCUCAGCUGCAACUAAUGGAGAAACAAGCUACUGUACCUUGUAUAUUGAUGGGAUCAGAUAUGUUGAUGAUCAGGACUGUUCAGUGUACCUACCACACUCUGUUAGUGGAUCCUACACAUGCAACAGAAAUAUUUAUAACAAAACUGGGCUCAUGAGUCCACCAGUGCAAGUCACAUUUUACAACAAACCCCGUGUUGUACCAACCACGAAUUUUUUCUUGAAUCAAAAUAUUGCACUGAGGUGUGUUACAGAUAUACCCAGUGGUACAUACUCCUGGUACAAGUGGUACAAUUUAGUAUCCUCUUCAAACAAUGACACAUAUGAGUUUACUCUAACGAGUGAUUUGGCAGGUUCUUACCGCUGUAGGGUUAAAAUUAAUGAAUCUGAAAUAUGGAGUGAAUUUUACCCACUCAGUGUGUCUCGACCACCUAAACCCUCUUUAGACAAUUACAACCGUGAUUCAGGAUUUAGUUUUAAUGAGAACAAUUCCACAAACUUAUAUUGCUAUGCAGGAGAUGCUGAAAUAUAUGCAUUAUAUAAGAAUGGAAUCAAAGUGUCUACUAAACAAUCAAGUAACAACAUAUUCACAGUAGUUCUAUCUGAUUCAGAAACAGUUAGGUAUACAUGCACUGCAUCAAACAGACUUGGUGAAAGUGAACAAAGUGAACCUGUUUACUUAAGGAAGAAAGAGACUGUUUAUAUAACUGCUAGCAGUAAAGUGGCCUCUGUUGGUCAGCCUUUUUCAUUGAACUGCAGCGCUGAAAACAAUCAGUCAUCUGGAUCUUACACUUGGGAAAUUCAUAAAACUGCAGGGAUAAAUACUUUGAUACCAUCUCAAAAUCUAACCUUCAAUCCACUGACACAACAAGAUGAAGGUGUCUACAUUUGUGAAUUUACAAAAGAGGAUUCAAGAGCCACAGCACGUGAUUAUUAUGUUCUAGCUGUAUCACUCCCUAGUGUACCUGUAAUCACUCUAAGAAAUCAAGCUGGUAGGGGUGAACAAAAAUCAAGAGAUUCUAGAGCAAUUGGUGGUGCAACAGCGGCAGAAGCAGAUAACAUCAUAGUGUACUUUGAUUGUUAUACUGACACUCUUCUAAUCAAUCCAAGAAAUCCAUUCCGGCUGUAUAAAAAUGGAGUUGUAGUAAAAAAUGUGCCCUAUGUGGAUGAGCUUUACUUCUCGGGAAGAUUUAACAUACGAAGGAUCUAUUCAGUGGAUACAAGCAUAGCAUCCAAUGAAGGAAACUAUACCUGUACAGCCCUCAACUCAGUUGGGGAAUCUCAGCAAUCAAAAGCUGUGUACAUUACCAGAAGUUUAGGAUUUAUAAAGCCUCAAGUUACCAUGAACAAUGUAAAUCCACAAGCUGGUGAUGACAUUACACUUACAUGCAACAUAUUGUCACCACAACUAAACUACAUAAUAACGUGGCAGAAAGAUUUCUCAACCAUACUGAAAACUGGAGUUACUCUCUCCCUCAAAUCUCUAACAGUAGAAGAUCAUGGCUUCUACACUUGCACAUAUUCCAACCGUUCAAAUGAAGAUUACAGCUAUUACUGGUUGGAAAAAGUUUCAGAUCCAGUUUUUAUUUCAUUGUUACCACCUCUACAACCAAUAUUACUGUUUGAUGCCAACUAUCUCGACCUAAAGAACAAAUAUUAUGCCUAUGGUGAUGGACCGGUCUUUUACACAUUUGGUGAAGGAGAUACACUACAUUUAAAGUGCUUUGUGCAAGCCAUGCAUAUAAAUGACUACCAGUUUUCCAAUAUUAAUCCAUCACCUUACAACUUUACACUUUAUAAAAAUGGUCAAAUUACUCAGCCUGCAAACACAAAUGGCAUAUUUACCAUUUCUGGACUUUCAAAAGGAGACUACAAUUACACUUGUCAAGUUAGCCGUGAAGCACAGCAAUCUUUAAUGAGUUACCCUCUCUUGGUAAGGAUAACUGAUCGACCAACCAUUACUUCUUCUGUGCCAUCUCCUUCAUUGGGUGCUAAUCUCACCCUAACCUGCAACACUCUUGUGGAAUCUAACAGCAUUGACAUUACUUGGAGAAAAAAUGGAAUCAAUAUGGGAUUUACAUCAAAUAUUCUCAGUUUGAAUACAAUAUCCCAAUAUGAUGAAGGAUCUUACACAUGCCAGCAAACAAAUAUGGAGUGGACGUCACCAUUGAGCGAGGAAUUCAUCAUUAAUUUUGGACUUGCACCUUCCAAGCCAGAUAUUUUCAUCACUGCCGAUACACCAAUACAAGCUGGUUCAUCUUUUGCCAUCUACUGCCUUUCUACUGGUACUCCAGUAGUUUCUGCAACUUUCUACAAGGAUGGUCAGAUCAUUUUCAAUGCAACUGGUGGCUAUAUGAGUGAUGCGGGACAGACUGUAUUCACUUAUCAAAUAACACUAGCAGCUGCUACCAACUCAGGAAUCUAUUCGUGUUUGGUUAGAAACAGCCUCAGUGUUUCUCAGAUUAGUGAGACCCUAAAUUUGAAUGUGAUUGAUGAUAUAGGCUGCAGUCCAGGCUUCUAUAUAUCUGUGACUGGAAAUUGUCAGCCAUGCCCAUUUGGUUCUUACCAGUCAAAUAGUAAUCAGAUGGAUUGUGUUCCCUGUCCCGGCAAUUUGUUCACUCUUGUAAGAGCUGCUUCUGAUAUUGCCCAGUGUGAAGCUGUUCCAGCUGAAAAACUUCUAUAUUUGAGAAUUACAAUAAACAAAACACAAAGCUCAUUGAUUGAUGCUGAAACAAAGGAGGCUGUAAAAACUAAUUUGAAUGAUGGAUUUCUUUUCCUGAAAAAUGUUGUUGGUGUUCUAUUUUAUAACAUUAGUUCUGGUGUAGCUGUUGAUGAGACAGCAAUAACAGCUGCACUUGUAUCCAGCACUACUGUACAACCUAACAUGUAUAACAGUGUGGGUGCUGAAAUCUACAAGAAAUACUAUAACACACCUACAACAAUUGACAUCAGUGGUGAAAGUGUUGCUGUAAAAACUGUGAACAUGUUUAAAUCAGAAAGUGAUUCAUCUAAUUUUGUCAAUCCUGUUGAUAUAGAUGAAUGCAGUUUAACACCCAGGCCAUGUGGCCCCUACGAGAGCUGUGAAAAUGUCAAUGGAGUGAUAGGCAGCUUCACUUGUAUCUGUAUUACAGGAUUCCAACGUUCAACACCAUUAAGUCCUUGCUCAGAUGUGAAUGAAUGUCAACAACCCAACCUUUGUACUGGAAGUUUUGAGCAGUGUAAAAACUCAGUAGGAAGCUACACAUGUGAUUGUAUUGAUGGCUAUACAAGAAGGGCACCACAAGAUCCAUGCUCAAACUUUGACAGAUCCCAGCAAAGCCUAUAUCCUUACGGAGUGGAUAAGGGAGACAACAAGCUCCCAUCUGAUUAUUUUGCAGUCAGCCCUGCCAUUACUUUUAAUAAUGGUCUUCCAUUUGGAACUGAAAAGUUUUCUAACAUAUAUGUGUCUGCCAAUGGCAUGAUUAGUGUUGGUAAUUUACUGCAGUACUGGUACUGGGGUAACCUUAAGGAUAGAUACAGUUAUGGACAUAAAAUUAUCUGCCCCUUUAUGACAGAAAUACAGGUCAACAAUGACAGCAGCAUACUCUAUCAGCUGUACAAAAGAAGCUCUGGUCCUAAUGAAACAACUGCAGCAAAUAUACAAACAGUUCUACAAAGGGCAGGUGCUGAUAUUCUGGACAACUUUGGUCUAACAGACUUUGUUCCCAACCAAGUACUUGUGGCUACCUGGGUGAAAGUAAAGGGCAGAGUGGAUUACUACAACUAUUACACCAAUCAUGUAUUCAUAAGAGAAGCUGAGAAACCCAACCUGGCUACAUUCCAAGCUGUUAUUAUUACUGAUGGUAUGCAGUCUUUCCUAAUUUUCUUGUACAAAUCUGGAGAGUUCAACUGGCCUUACAUUAGAGGACAAAGCAUUGGUGUUGGCUUUGUAAAUGAUGUUGAAUAUCAAGAACUUGUCGACCAUGAUAGUUACUUGCUAUCUUCACUUGAUGAAAUAAUUGGAAAUAAAGGUCGAUAUGGAACAUGGCUGGCUAAAAUUGGUGAAAUAAACAAUGCAGCCCAGAGAUGUGAAAAUUUCUAUACCGCUAACUCUUAUUUACUGGCUGAUCAAACAUUCCAAGCACAAGUUGCAGGUCUUUUUGACUGCCCAUGUAGUGUCACUCAAAUGGGCAGACAAUGGAGUCAGUUAAACAUUGAAGGAAAUAGGACUUGUUUUGCCCUCAAUAGUCUAGUAACCAGAUUUUUUGGUCACACUAGAAAUAAGAUCUGUUGUUAUAAUUACAACCCAGCCUUUGGAUGGUGGAGCCAGAGAGCAACAAUGACAUUCAUAUCAUCACCACCCCAUGCUGGUUAUGUGACAUUGUAUGAUCCCUUUUCUUGGAGCUCUUCUGUCAGAGAGUCAAGGAUGUUUGACAUUAACCCCCAUAGGUGGUGCUGUGAUGAUUCAGACUCUGAUUAUUUAUGCAGCUUGUUCUAUACAGUGAGACCCAACAAAAACUGCAGCACACAAGCCAUUAUAAUAUCUGGUAUAGCAUUAGGUGAUCCACAUAUGACUACAAUGGAUGGUCUGAAAUACACCUUUAAUGGGAAAGGAGAAUUUAUUAUGUUCCAAAUUCCCUCCGCCAAAAUUGUAGCUCAGGCUCGUACAGAUAUGGCCACUAGACAAGACGGUACUGAAAUAAAAGGUGCAACAGUUUUUACAGCUAUAGCUGUCAAGCAAUAUCUUACAACAUUCCAAGUGGAGCUCACUUCUUCACGAGAUAGAAUGAUAAUUUAUGCGAAUGGACAAGAUUUGACAACUGGAUUUUAUGGGGAUUCAACGUUCAGCAAGGAAAUAAACUCAACUCUGACUGUGGAGAGGAUUGACGAAAACAAUGUUACAAAAGUUAUUGCCACUUUCUCAUCUGGUGUUGAGAUUUCAGUAUUUGCAAGUGUGCGCAGUUUGAUUCUAGAGUUUAAAAUGUUAGUCACACUGAAAGGCUUAACAUCAGGUCUACUGGGAAAUUUUGAUGGCAAUACAAGCAAUGAAUAUCAACUGCCUAAUGGAACUACUCUCAGCCCCAACCUGACUGAACGUCAGAUAUACUACGAUUUUGGAAAACAUUGGGAAGUAACUGCAGAAAACUCAGUCUUUACAUAUCCAAUAGGAGAAUCAGCAGCAAAUUACAGUUAUCCCAACUAUGUUCCAUACUUCUUGGAAGAUUUUAAUGCUACAUUGCGUCAGUCAGCCAUAAGUUUAUGUGGAGAAGGAAAUGACCCUUGUAUUUUUGAUUACCUCAUAACCUCUGACCCCUCAUUCGCUCAAAACACUAAGACAUUUAAUGAUGAGGGAGACAAAACUCGCAGAACCUUAGAGAACACAGUGCCAAGUAUUUCCCUGAUAACAGCUCCUGGUGCCCAUGGUGGCAUCAGUGUCACAGAGGGUCAGACUGCAACAUUGAGGGUCAAUGCCACUGACCCAGAUGGUGACUUUGAGAAAUACGAGCUCGUUGAAUCACCAGCUGGCGUAGAGUUAAAUCAGUCGGGUUUUAUUUUCUACACACCAAAUCCUAAUACACCUGUUACAAUCAGUGUUGUGGCAGUGGACAGUGUAGGUGGGAGAUCACCAGCUUUAACAAUCCCUGUUGUAGUCUGCACAUUGUGCAGUGGACAUGGUCAGUGUGAUGGGAACAAUGUGAGGCUGACCAGUGAAGAAGGUGGAAAUUUCAAGAAGCUUGUGUGUCUCUGUAGACCUGCAUAUACAGGCCCAGAUUGUGAAGCAGAUCUAAAUGCAUGUGCAGACAACCCAUGCAGCCAAGGGCAAGAAUGCAAUGACACCCCAGCUUUAAGCCAAGAUAAAGAUGGAGCUAGCAGCUAUAGUUGUGGACCAUGUCCAUCUGGAUUUCAAGAUGUCAAUAAUAGAUGCAUAGAUAUUAAUGAGUGUUCAAAUAACCCUUGUAGUCAACAAUGCACAAACAGCAUUGGAUCCUAUUCAUGUAGUUGUAACACUGGUUUUAGGCUAAACACACAAGAUAGAAGAACCUGUAUAGACAUUAAUGAAUGUAGUGAGAGAACACACAACUGUCAACAGAAGUGUACCAAUACUGAAGGGUCUUUCACCUGCAGCUGUGAAGCAGGGUAUACUUUACAAAAUGACGCCAGAACCUGUCAGCUUUCAGUGAGCUCAUCGGCUUGUUCAAACUCCAUGUGCAGCCAAGUUUGUGUCCUUGAUGUCAGUAACAAUCCUGUAUGUAGCUGCAACUCUUUCUACCAAAUUUCUUCCCAAGACCCAAUGUCUUGUGUUGAUGUCAAUGAAUGUGAACUAGCAAACCAACCAUGUGACCAGAUAUGCACCAAUAAAAAUGAAGGAUAUGAAUGUUCCUGUCAUCCUGGUUACAAACUUUCAUCAGAUAAAACAACAUGCCUUCCCUGUGAAAGCCCAAGUUUUGGCCUCAACUGUGCACAGACUUGCUUGUGUGGUGGCCGUUCCCUGUACUGUGACAAGGUCUAUGGCUGUGUGUGUCAGUCUGGCUGGACUGGCUCAGGCUGUGAUGUCAACAUCAACGAGUGUGAAGGCAACAAUCCAUGUGGCAUCAACCAAGUCUGCCAAGACCUGGAGGGAGGCUAUCAAUGUCUUUGUGCUGAUGGAUAUAAGCGUGUCAACCAAAGUUGUGUUGAUGUGAAUGAAUGUGAUGAUGUCUUGACCCACAACUGUGACUUGUCCACACAACUUUGUAGAAACACACCUGGUAGUUUUACCUGUGACUGUAUUGCUGGCUACUACAAAAAUACUGUUGGAUCGUGCCAAGAUAUUGAUGAAUGCUCAAGCAACACACAUAACUGUCAGCAACUGUGUAACAACAACUUGGGGGGAUUUAGUUGCAGUUGUUACUUUGGCUUUAGGCUGGAUGAUAUAGAUAGAACAAAAUGUGUGCAGAGUCAAGAUGUGUGUAAGGAUGUGUCCAACUUGAACUGUGCUCACGGCUGUACUGUAAAAUUUGAAACUAAAGAAGCAUUUUGUUACUGUAACUCUGGGUACACUCUAGCAGCUGAUAAACAAACAUGUCUAGAUAUUAAUGAGUGCAGCAACAUGACAACCAAUCGCUGCACCUAUAAAGAGAGAUGUCUCAACACAAAUGGAGGCUACACCUGUUCCUGUCCUGCUGGAUUUAAACUAGAGAAUGAUCAAAGAACAUGCUCAGGAUGUGAGGGUGAGACUUGGGGUGUGAACUGCUCCAACUCCUGCUCCUGCUCUGGUGGCGCUCAGUCAUGUCACCCUGUCACUGGAUGUGUCUGCAGGACAGGAUUCACAGGCAGGUACUGUGAUUAUGACAUCAAUGAGUGUCAGACAACUACCUCUCCAUGUCAACUACCUGAGGUGUGUGUUAACACUGUUGGCUCCUUUGUGUGUGAGUGUCCACCAGGAUACAAGAAAAACAAUGGAACUUGUGCUGAUGUAAAUGAAUGUCUGAACUCAGCACUGAACAACUGUGAUCAAGACUGCACUAACUAUCCAGGAGGAUUCUCCUGCAAAUGUUUUCCUGGUUUUAUAUACAACACUACAGAAAAGAGAUGCUUUGAUGUUGAUGAGUGUGCUAAGGGGACAUCACUGUGUACUCAGGGUUGUAUUAACACAAUAGGAAGCUACAGGUGCUCUUGUGGGAGUGGUUUUCUACUUGCUGAUGAUGGUGUAUCUUGUACAGCUAUCAACUCCUGUAUGAAUAAGAAUUGUGCAUCAACCUGUGCUGUGGUGAAUGGUAUGGAAACCUGUUUCUGUCCCAAAGGCCAAAUAGUUGACAGCAACAAUGAACUUCAGUGUCAAGAUGUAGACUUGUGUGCCUCAAAGCCAUGUGAUCAAAUGUGUGAGGAGAAUGCUGAUGGAACAGAAUUUGUUUGCAGCUGUAGAGAUGGCUACAUCUUAGCAGAAGAUAAAGUGUCGUGUAAAGAAUGUCCAUUUGGAAAGUUUGGUGCUGCCUGUUCUGGUACAUGCUCUUGUAAAUUUGAAAACACAAAACUUUGUAGCUCAUCAAAUGGUUCCUGUGAAUGCAAGCCUGGCUGGACUGGAGUAGACUGCAGUACAGACAUCAAUGAAUGCCUUGGAAGCCCUUCACCAUGUCCUGAUGCAAACAGCCAGUGUAUUAAUGCUCAAGGCUCUUUCUACUGCAAGUGUAAUAAUGGUUUCAUUCAGAAAAAUCAGUCUCAAAAUGAUUGUUAUGAAUGUGAUGAGAACUUUUAUGGAGCUGAUUGUGCAUCAGUCUGUAGCUGUAACUCACAAACUUCAACAUGUAACAAAGUUACAGGUGCCUGUUCAUGUAACCCCGGAUGGGAAGGGACCAACUGUGAUGUGGACAUUGAUGAAUGUGCAAGAAACACCCAUAACUGUGGUGCCACUAAAGUUUGUGUCAACACCUAUGGAUCUUACAGGUGUGAUUGUCUACCUGGUCAUCAGGUCAAUGCCUCAAAUCUUUGUGAAGAUAUAAAUGAAUGUAUAAACAAUCCAUGUAGCUCUAACAAAAUCUGCUACAACACAGAAGGAUCAUACACAUGUACUUGCCCAUCUGGCUAUUCAUUAGCAGCAAAUGGAAGUUGUGUUGAUAUUGAUGAAUGCUCCAGCAACCCAUGCACCUCAAAUAAAACUUGCUACAAUAAUGUUGGUUCAUACACAUGUACUUGUCCAUUAGGCUACUCAUUAGCAGCCAAUGGCAGCUGUGUUGAUAUCAAUGAGUGCUCCAGUAACCCUUGCACCUUAAAUAAAACUUGCAUCAAUACAAUUGGUUCAUACACAUGCAAUUGUCCAAUGGGAUAUUCGUUGGCAGCUAAUGGCAGUUGUGUUGAUAUCAAUGAAUGCACCAGCAACCCAUGCUCAACAAAUCAGACCUGCAUUAACACUGUAGGUUCCUAUACAUGUGACUGCCUGUCAGGUUAUUCAUUGGCUGCAAAUGCUAGCUGUGUUGAUAUUAAUGAAUGCACAAGUAACCCAUGUUCAUCAAAUAAAGUUUGUUACAACACUGCUGGUUCCUACACAUGCAACUGUACACUGGGCUAUUCAUUAGCAGCCAAUGGUAGCUGUGUUGAUAUCAAUGAGUGCAGCAGUAACCCUUGCACCUCUAAUAAAACUUGCAUCAAUACAAUUGGUUCCUACACAUGCAAUUGUUCAAUGGGAUAUUCAAUGGCAGUCAAUGGCACAUGUGUUGAUAUCAAUGAGUGCUCCAGUAACCCUUGCACCUCAAAUAAAACUUGUAUCAAUACCAUUGGUUCCUACACAUGCAAUUGUCCAAUGGGAUAUUCAUUAGCAGCCAAUGGCAGCUGUGUUGAUAUCAAUGAGUGCUCCAGUAACCCUUGCACGUCUAAUAAAACUUGCUUCAAUACAAUUGGUUCCUACACAUGCAAUUGUUCAAUGGGAUAUUCAAUGGCAGUCAAUGGAACAUGUGUUGAUAUCAAUGAGUGUUCCAGUAAACCUUGCACCUCAAAUAAAACUUGUAUCAAUACCAUUGGUUCCUAUACAUGCAAUUGUCCAAUGGGAUAUUCAUUAGCAGCAAAUGGCAGCUGUGUUGAUGUUGAUGAAUGUGCAACAAUAAAACCAUGCCAACAAAAGUGUACUAAUAGUCCUGGUGGAUACAAUUGUUCUUGCUAUGAUACUUUCACAAUGAACAGCAAUGGUACAUGCACAUUGAUUUAUUCAAAGCUCUUUGAAAUUAGGUUCCCCUUUUUUAUUCCGCCUGACAUUUUAUUUGAUAAAAACUCAGAAGAAUACAAAGCCAUCAUGAAGGAACUCCAGAGUGGUAUGAAAAACCAAUUGAAUAAGCUGGUUCAAGGUUUCUUGGACUUUGUUGUGAAAAAUUUAAGAAAAGGCAGUUUGAUUGUUGAGGCUGAGGCUAUGAUAGAUGGAAGUGUCAACACGAACCCUGCUGGUGAAUUUAUCAAAGCUCUUACUAAACUCAACAUGGAUCUGGUAACUGUCAAUGGCACAUAUCAGAGUAAUGCAACAAUCACAGUUAAUAACUUCUUGAUUACAAAUGAAGUUAGCCAGUGUGAAGCAAGGUCAAAGGUUGACCCCUGCAGUGAUGAUGAGAUAUGUGUUACUGCCAGUGAUGGUGUGGCAGUUUGUAAGCAAUACAUUGACAAAGAGACAAGAGACAAGCAAAUUGGAAUAGGUGUUGGUGUUGGAGUGGGUGGUCUGAUAGUUAUUGCAAUUAUUACAACUCUGGUUGUAAGACACAAACUCAAGUCCAGGAAAUACCAAGCCUAUUGAAAUUGAGAUGCAAUGUGUUGAUCAAUUCCUGAUGUUGUUAAAGAUUCAGCAUUUCAAAACAUGACAAAAAACUGAAACCUGAAACACAUUUAACCACAUUUUAGUCUACAUAAUGAACUAUAUAUUUACAUCUAAAUAUUAUGUUGCUGUGUUUGUUUUAUGCAUAUUACAAAUGUAAAUUAUUUCGCCCUUAUGUUUAUAAUUAAUAGCUAUUUCUUAUACAAUGAAUGUUUUCUACAAAAAAAUUCACAACAUAAGUUAACUUAUCAGGUUUUUUUGUCUCUUCUUCAUAAAAAAUUGAGCUAACUUCAAUACAAUGAGAUUUCUAUUUCUAAACAGUGAAUGACAUAGAAAAUAUUUUGUUUGUAUGGUCAUACCAGUACUAUAUUAUGUGUCAAGCGUUUCUCUAUAAUUAUUUUGCUAUUGAACUUUAGUUUUAACAUAUAUCUUGUCAUACUGUGUUUUUAGUUUGAAACUGUGAUUAUUAUCUUUUUGUAUAAAACACCAAACACAUACUGUGUGCUUAUAUCCUUUUUUACUUUUCUAUACAUUUUA